CGGCGGCGAUUGUUGUUUGCGUUGCAGAACUGUGUGGUGCACCAGUAUAUAUAUAAUAAUAAUAAUAAUAAUAAUAUACAGAGUGAAUAAUACAGCGUGUAAUAUAUAUAUAUAUAUAGUGUAUAGUUGUUAAAAUAAUAUAGUAGAUGCGCCGCGUUGUGAUAUUACGAAAGUGCCACCACGGUAUACAUACACGCGGGUUUUUGGUGGGGAAUUUUUGUAUUGUAAAAGAUUUGUGUGUGCCAGUAGCUGCUGCUUGUGUGUGUACACCACAUACACACUUUCUCGUGUACAGCCGAUAUUAAACAUUAUAUAUUAUUAUCACGGGGUAUCGCGGUUGUUUUGUGUGCGCUGUGCUGUGCUGUGCUGUGCGGAUAGUAAUAAUCGUAAAAUCCGGUAUUGAAUAGUAAUUAAAUUUUUAUUCGUACACACGUCGUUAGUGUCGUCGUCGCGUUUGACUUUUAGAGAAGAAAACACACACAAUAAGUUGUAAAAUAUAUUUUUCACGACUCUUGGAGCUGCUGCUGCUGCUGCUGAUAACGAUUGGGACGACGAUGGUGCGUUUGCGGGACAGACCAGCGUUCGGUGCAGACUCUCGAGCGGCUUAACGACCGGAUUAAUGAAUUAAUCAAUAUUAAUUACCCGCCUGCAGCUACAAGUAAUAAAAAAAAAAAAAAAAUACACACAAUUUUUCCCGUAACAUGAUCAGCGUUCCGUCGUUCCGAUCAUGAUUGCCGUCGAUUACCGUUCGGCUGCUGCUGCUGCUGCUGCAACUGUUGUUGUUAUUACCUGGCCACGAGCCCAAACUUUCAACCAUCGCCACCACCGGUGUAUGUCGUCGUCGUCAUCGUCAAAUUACGUUGCCCGACGUAGGUGAAAAUACAAUAUUUGUGCAAUUAUUGACCAAAGAAACGGAAAAAAAUGCCCGCUACCAGGACUGUGCAAUUUAUCGCAAUCGCCGCUAUCGUCGUCAAGUGCACGUUGGCUGCCGAUCUUGCAAUACAAUUGCCUCGUCAAGGUUCGUCGUCCGUAACCGGUGGAUCGUAUAGGUUAGACUAUUCACCGCCCUACGGACAGCCACCGGCCAACACGACAAUAACUUCUCAGGAUAUAGGUGAUGUUAUACACUUUUCGCAAGCUUUGCCCGGUACGCGAUACGACUUUUGGCUGUACUACAGCAAUAGCACUGGCGACAACAAUUGGUUACUCACGUGGACGGCGUCGAUCACUACAGCUCCCGAUCCGCCGACAAAUUUGACCGUGCAAGUGAAAGGCGGAAAAGUGGCACACGUCUCUUGGUCGCCACCAGCGUCGGGCAACUACGACAGUUUCAAGCUCAAAGUAAAUGGAUUGUCGAGUUCACUGCCGGCGUCCGAACAAAAUAUCGGCCGCGUAAUCGUCGUGCCUAGCGUGAAUCCAAACGAUUCCGACAAAGGGGAUUCGCCGCCGCAGCCACAACAAGCGGUGCAACAGUACGUGUUGAAAGAAUUAACGCCGGGCGCCACUUAUCAGGUGCAACUUUUCGCCGUGUACGAUCGCAAAGAGAGCGUGGCCUACAUAUCGCGCAACUUUACCACGAAACCGAGCACACCCGGAAAGUUUAUCGUUUGGUUUCGGAAUGAAACGACGUUACUCGUUUUAUGGCAACCCAGUUAUCCGGCCAGCGUGUUUACACAUUACAAGGUCAGCGUCGAACCACCCGAUUCGCCAGAAUCGGUGUUGUACGUGGAACGGGAAGGCGAACCGCCGGGUCCAGCGCAAGCGGCUUUCAAAGGAUUGGUGCCGGGUCGUGCCUACAACAUAAGCGUGCACACGGUGAGCGAAGACGAAACUUCGCAGCCCACCACGGCGCAGUAUCGCACGAUACCGUUGCGUCCGACCAACUUGAUUGUCGAUCAUCGACUGACGGGAUCGUAUAACGUUCGCGUACGAUGGGAUCCUCCCAAAGGCCUCUGCGAGUUUGACAAGUAUCAAAUAUCUGUCAACGCUGUGGCGGCGGCUAAAAAGUCUACAGCCGUUGUGCCAACGCAACAACAACAGUCCACUCCGAUAACGAUUGCGCGUUCGCUUACGAGCACCGACCUCAACCACGACAUGGAACCGGGACGCACGUACCAGGUUUUGGUGAAAACCGUCUCCGGAAAAGUCGCCAGUUGGCCGGCUUCGGUCAACGUCACUCUCAAACCUUUGCCGGUGAUUGAUUUGAAAAUAGCCCGUGUAGAAGACAGCGUGUUAACGUUGCAAUGGGCACCGGAUUCGGCUAGCUAUCAAGACGCUUACCAAGUGGCGUACACCGAAGUGGUUUCCAACACCGGCGCCGGCAUUGGCCAGUUGCCCGGAGCGACAGAAACGACGGCAACGGUCGUCGCGGCCGGAAUAGGAAUAUCCGGCGGGGUCAUUCAACAACAACAACAACUGCAGCAGACGAGCGCAUCUCAAUCGUCUCAACAACAACAGUCGUCUGCCGGCGCGGCCGACAGCAAUGUGAUAAUCGUGCCGGCCGCCAAUCAAGUGACAGCCGAUAGCGGCGGCGGCGGCACAGGUGUCGGCAAUUCCAACAACUUGGUCGAGUGCACUUUGGACGCUCUGCUACCGGGCCGUAAUUAUUCCAUAGCCGUCCGUGCCCUCAGCGGAACCGGAGUAGGACUUGCGGCCAGCAACGAUACCAUAGUUUAUCACACGAUGAAACCUUCGGCACCGAUAAUAGAAGAUCUAAGACCCACCAUUGACUACGGACUGAACGUGUCUUGGAAGACGGACGUCAACAGUCGACAAGAGACAUUCCAAGUGGUGUGCCGUCGUAACGAUACAGACGAUAUUCCGAUGGUGAGAAUCACGAGCGAGUGGCGUGUAUCUUUGCGACACUUGUAUCCGGGUGCCGCUUAUCAAAUCAAAGUGUUUGCAAUCAGUCACGGUUUACUCAGCGAACCGCACGAUUAUUUCCAAGCAGUGUACCCACGUCCGCCCGUCGACUUACAAGUGGAAAACAUCACGGCGGCCGGUGGCGCCGGAUCGGUAUUGAUUAAAUGGAACCGACCCGUCGAAGACGGCGGCCUGUUCACAGAGUAUUCCAUUAAGUAUCGUACGGUCGACAGCUCUCAGUGGAUACGAUUGCCGGGCGUACCGCCCGGCGUCCAAGAAGCCGAAAUCGCCGACAUGACUGCCGGUCAAAGGUACACGAUUCAAGUGAACACCCAGACUUACGGAGCCCUGGAAUCGCCGUCUCCUCAACAAGUCAACUACACCAUCAGGCCAAAUCCAAUAACCAAUGUCGCUCUACUGGUGGACGCCGCCAACGUUACGCUGACGUUUCCUCGGCCGGAAGGUCUUCUCGAGUACUACACCGUCCAGUGGUGGAUACUGGCCGAUCAUUCUACGCCGGGACCUACGUCGUCUUCUUCGACCGAGUCGGGAUCCGGAUCCGUAUCGAUCACAACGGCCGGCAGUACGGGCGGCUCGAAAAACGUAUCGGACUCGGCCGCCACCGCCACCAGUGUUGCCGCAGUCGGCGGCCAAAGUUCUGCGACAACGAUGAUUAGCUUGAGCGUCGACGACCUAGUGCCGGGCGCCAGGUACACUUUGCGCGUGCGCACUACAUCGCACGCACUGCACAGCGAUUACACCCAACUGACGGCCAAUACGAUGCCGUUGAUACUGUCCGAAGUUUUGGCCGUCAACGACCAACACACUACGGACACGCUGACACUGCGUUACACGCCUACACCGCAAGUGGCGUCCCGCUUUGAGAAGUAUCGCUUCCAGUUGGCGUCGGGCAGCAAUUCUCUGACGGCCGACGACGGCAAACCCGCUCAGUCUCUUAUCGCCGAGAAGUUGGCCACCGACAACGAAUGGAAAGUCACGUGGCAGGGUCUGACGCCCGGACGCCUCUACGACAUAACCGUGUGGACGGUGUCCGCCGAGGGUGUGCUCAGUCAGCCGUUGCGGCGUCAAGACCGCUUGUAUCCUGAGCCCAUAAGCGAAUUGAACGCCACUCACAUUGGACGCGACGCGGUGACGUUGGCGUGGCGCGUGCCGCGCGGCCAGUACGACGCGUUCCAAAUCCAAUACCUGCUGGAAGGCGACAGCGACUCGCCGUCGUCCACGUCCAGCUCUACGCUGGCCCAGAACCUGACCGUCGACCCGUGGUUCGACGUGCGCGGCUUGCGGCCCUACCGGAAUUACACGUUCACCGUGGUGGUCCGCGCGGGCGGUUCGACGGCCGCCCAAGCCGGGUCGUCUCCGGCGUCGCCGUCCGCCCCGAACGCCGCCGCAUUGUCGGCCAGCAGCGCCGUGUUGAGACGCAGCGUACCGCUGUCGGCCACGUUCGCCACGCUGGAGUCGGUGCCGGGCGUGCCGCAGCGGUUGGCCGCCACCGACAUCCGGCCGCAGCAACUCACGCUGGAAUGGUUCUUGCCCGACACCGACCACAACGGCGUGCUGCUCCGGUACGUCGUCUCGUGGAAAGAGUUGCCUGGUUCGGGUCCGGCGGGCGUGCACGACGACGACGGCGAUGAUGACGACGACGACGACGACGGCGGCGGCAGCGGCGGCAGAGCGGUGGUCUUACGCGGGCCGGACACGCUGGCCGGCGGUCCGCCGGAAGCCGAGGCGUCUGCGGCCGAGGAAAAAACCAUUUACCUGGAAUCGUGGCGGAACCGUGCCACCAUCGGCGGCGGCGGCAGCGGCGGCACGACCGGCGCCGGCGGUACCGUCAACAACAGAGGCGGAGCGGCCAGUGCCGGCCUGAUCCCGGGCCGGGUGUACCUGUUCACCGUGUGCGGAGAGACGCGGGCCGGACGAGGUCGAGUGGCCCACUUGCGCCAACGCAUGCCCAUAUUAGCGCCGCCUAAACCCAGCGCCCAAGCCGUACCGACCGAGGUCAGCCGCACCCGACAGUCCAUACAAGUGCGGUUCCGGAAGAAUUACUUCAGCGAAGCCAACGGCGCUGUGCUCGGUUACACCGUGAUCGUUGCCGAGGACGACGGUAAAAACGCCAGCGGUCUGGAGAUGCCCAGCUGGAGGGACGUCCAAGCGUAUUCUACUUGGCCACCGUAUCAGGUGUUGGAACCGUACACACCGUUUUCACACAACAAAACCGUCGAGGACUUCACCAUCGGCCAAGACCACAACUGCAACAACAACAACAACGGCGGGGGCGGCGGCAAUUACAACAGCGCGGUGUCCAAGUCGUUGUCGCUGUCCAGCUAUUGCAACGGCCCGUUGAAGCCGGCCACCGUGUACCGUGUGAAAAUCAGAGCGUUCACAGCACCGGACAAGUUCACCGACACUUCAUACUCUUUUCCCAUACAGACCGAUCAAGACACGUCGUCCAGCACGGGCACGACGGCCGCCAUCGCGCUCAUAGUGGUGUUCGUGUUGUUGAUGUUGUGCGCGGCGGCCGCCUAUUCCAAGUACAAGAAAAAUGUGACCAAAAACGCGGGCGGCGUCGGCAAGAGGAACGUCAACGGCGUCGGCGGCGGCGGCGGCCAACAGAGAAGGACGGCGGGCUCCAAGUUUUUCUCGGAUUCCGCUUUCCCGCCCCAGAGGAACACCCUGCUGGGCGGACCCGAACUGGGUUCCAUCCAGCAAGGCUCUUGCGACCUACAAGUCAGCAGACCGGUGAGGGCCGACAGGUUCGUCGAGCACUACGCCCAGAUGUCGGCAGAUUCGGAUUUCCGGUUUUCCGAGGAGUUCGAGGAGCUCAAGCACGUUGGCCGACAACAGCCGUGCGCGGCCGCCGACUUGCCGUGCAACAGGCCCAAAAACCGGUUCACCAACAUUCUGCCGUACGACCACAGCCGCUUCAAGCUGCAGCCCGUCGACGACGAAGAGGGCUCCGACUACAUCAACGCCAACUACGUGCCCGGCCACAACAGCGUCAGGGAAUUCAUAGUGACCCAGGGCCCGUUGCAUUCGACCCGCGACGACUUUUGGCGCAUGUGCUGGGAAUCGGGCACGCGGUCCAUCGUCAUGUUGACGCGGUGCGUGGAGAAGGGCCGCGAGAAGUGCGACCACUAUUGGCCGUACGACACACAGCCAACGUACUACGGCGGCAGCGACGGUGGCGACGGCGGCAUAUGCGUGACCCUGUUGAACGAUUCACAUUACGCCGACUACGUGAUCACCGAGUUCAUGGUGUGCCGGAACGACCAGAAGAGGGUGAUCCGGCACUUCCACUUCACUACGUGGCCCGACUUUGGUGUGCCCAGUCCGCCGCAGACUCUGUGCCGUUUCGUCCGAGCGUUCCGUGACCGCAUCAGCACUCCCACCGGCAUGAACGCCGCCGAACAGUCUUCACAACACCGUUGGCCCAUCAUAGUGCAUUGCAGCGCCGGAGUGGGCAGAUCCGGCACUUUCAUAGCGCUCGACCGUGUGCUGCAGUCCAUCCAAGAGCCGCAUCAUCCGCCCGGCACGUUCUUGCCGCCGCACACUCUGGCCACCAAGUACAUUGACGUGUACGGCAUCGUGUGCGCCAUGCGCAAGGAACGCGUUUGGAUGGUGCAGACCGAACAGCAGUACAUAUGCAUACACCAGUGCAUCGUGUCCGUGCUGCAGUCGCUGUUCUCGCCGGACCAACAGCUCAAGGAGCAGUACCAGUACGGCGGCCAGUACCGUCUGGACGGCGUCGACGACGAGGACCUGAUGAGCGGCGGCUCGCUGAUGAUAUGUAGUAACACGGGAGUGGCUCACCACAAUCGGGCGUUCGAAGAUGACGAAGGUAUCGCCGAAUCGGGAAUGUAAAUUCCAAGACGACACGUACAGAACAAAUUUAAAGAAAACAAGAGCAAUAUUAUUUUAUACGAUACAGUAUUAUUAUGAUGAGUACAAUAUUAUAACAAACACAAAACAGUAUUAUUACUAUCGAUCAAUUAUGUCGGGGCAAUAAAAGUAUUUUCAUGUGUACAAUAUAUAUAUGUUUAGGUAUUACUAUAUAUAUAUUUUUACAUAUAUAUACAUAAUAUAUAAAUAUAUGUUUAUGUAUUUUUUUUUUUUUUUCGUACCAUUGUAAAGUAUUAUGAAACGCAUUUAUUUUUUAAUAUAUUGUAUCUUCCGUUUAUAUCUAUAAAAAUAACUAUUUUUAUUAUUAUUAUUUUUUGAUACAAUUGUAAAACCAUUUGUACCUUUUUGUAUUAU